CCGCUAUUGCCGCGUCUCAUAGCGCUGGAUGCUCAAGGGACAAGAGUAACAGUUUACUUGUUUGUCAUCUUUGCGCGGUGCCAAAAUAAUCCGUUUUUUGUUGUUGCGUGAUUUUGUUUUGGAACUAUAAACCAAGAUGGGGAAAGUGGAGGGAGGCAUGAAAUGUGUGAAAUACCUUCUUUUCGUGUUCAACUUCAUGUUCUGGUUGAUGGGCUCCUUGGUGCUGGCAGUCGGGUUAUGGUUGCGUUUUGACCCAGAAACCGUGUCCCUCCUCAAUGGCGACGGAGCACCCGACACGUUCUUCAUUGGUGUGUAUAUUCUGAUAGGGGCUGGAAGUCUGGUGAUGUUAGUGGGCUUUUUCGGGUGUUGUGGUGCAGUUCGGGAGUCCCAGUGUCUACUAGGUUCGUUCUUUGCCUGCCUGUUGAUCAUCUUUGGAGCCGAAGUUGCCGCCGGAGUGUUUGGAUUCUUAAACAAGGACAAGAUCAUUGAAGACGUUCAAAGCUUCUACAUCAAAACUUUGGAUGACAACAACAACAACAACAGCACAGGGGUACUAACCUCCUAUCACAAUGUGUUAAAGUGCUGUGGCACCACAGAGAGACCCUGUCCUGACGCCCCAGAAGAGACCAAGACCUGCGAGGCAGCCAUCGAGGAGUUCUUCAACACUAAGCUCUACGUCAUUGGCUACGUGGGCAUCGGCAUUGCUGGCGUGAUGAUCAUCGGAAUGAUCUUCAGCAUGGUGCUGUGCUGUGCCAUCCGGAACAGCAGAGAGGUCAUCUAGACCCCUCACCUUCAGCCUCCCUCAUCCCCUGACCCCCGACCUCUGGCCCCUGACAACAGCUGGCCCCUCGGAAACUCUGCAUCAACAGCCUUUGGAGCAAUGCGUGAUGUCAUCAGUCUGCGUCAACUACAGUAUGUGAACAGGAUCAGUCACAGAGACCAAGGAUCAGUCAUCCUUGGUCUCUGUCUAACUUAAAUUUCUCAGAUUUUUCCCCAACUAGUCCUACUGCGAUAUGGCUUAACUGUCUGACGCGUCAAUAGCAUGCAAAGGCAAGGGAAGGGACAGUUUACAGACCCAUUUAGUCACCGUCAUUGUCAAGGCGCACUUGACCCAAAUUCAGAAUCCCAAUUCACCAUUUAUGGGUCCGUUGGAGGUGUGAGCUCUCCGUCCUUCACCCGUUCCCUCAGAGCAGAGAGGGCAGGGUGGGGACAGCAUGUGAGAACAUUCUCGUGUUUGGGUCCACACACACACACACAGAUAUAGCAAUAUCAUGUGAUGUGAAACCAAGGGCACUCAAAAGGAAUCCCAGGGAGCAAGCUGAUUGGUUGUCAUGGGUCAUGUCCCUGUACUUUAAGCAUGCACUGUACACACACGGUACACAUGGCACAUACUCACACAAGUCACAUGACUCACGGCUUUUAUGGGCUCCUGACUCACCACACACCACACACACGUAGACCUGUGGCUUUUGUCCCAGCACAUCCCCUCACUCCUUCCUGCAGAAAUAAAACCACACGCUCCUAUUUCCUCUCCUUUAUCCCAUUUGUAUUUCUAGUCCACUCUCUCUUUCUCCCUGCCUGUUUCACCCAUUUCCCAUCCUUUUUUCCUUCUCUAUCCUGGGUGUGAGGCCAGAGGAAUCAUCUGGGUCACUUGGCACAGUAGCCCUGUAACACUGAUAUCACCAUAUCCUCCUUUCUCAGAUAAAUUAAGAGGAGGGCCACUCUCCUUUUUACUUCUCAGACACUGACCCAGAGGGGGAAAGAGAUUCUUACGUAAGAGAUCUGACACUCCUCUGACUACAGUUUGUAUACAGUUGUGUUAACAGCCACUGAAGCCACAUGCUAUCAUUAGCAGUGACUGUAGGAGCUGUAGAAGUUGUAGUAGUCGUUCUGUCAUGCAAUUGACACCAACAGAUCUCACUCCUACACAUACACACACACCUCGACAUCUGGUCCUGACAGACGCCUUCCUGUGCCUUAUCAUCAAACAACCCCAAAUUGCAAUGCUUUCAGUUCAGUAUCCCUGUUCAGGACUGUAUAUAUCUGUGUACAUUUUUUCCAGUAGAUUGGUGGCUGGUGGCCGUUGUGAUAGUCCAGAAUCUAACCUUUUAUAGAUGCAGGCCUGUUAGGGGUAGCUUGUUUUAGUUGACAGCAGUGUUUGUAGUAAACCCAAGCUGUUUUUGGACAGCUCAGUGUGAUUUUCUUAAUGUGCCUUGCUUUUUCUUUCCACCAUUGAAGCUAAACCUGUCUGCCACGUUCAACAGUGUUUGUAGGAAUGGCCUACAUGGCAACUGGUUUAAUAUACAUAAUCAUAGUUAUAGAGCCUUUUUCACACAAAAAAACGUUUGUAACAUAAGUGUCUUGAACAUAAUGUCUUUCAAAGCAGCGGGGGCCCAUCUUAAUCCUGUUGAGUGUCACUCUACUUGUCUCCUUUCUCUCAUCUCCUCUAAUGUACAAUAAAGGAGGGGUGAAAUUAAUUUUUCCCUGAAUUAUUCAUUAUGCUAAGACCUAUCAAGUGUCUGUUCCCAUCAAUGCAUAUAAAGUGAAGGUGACAAAGGGAAGUACGCCAAUUAGGACAAUUAAGAUUUGCCCCAUCUCUGCCAUUACGUUAGAGAUUGCGAAGCGAGGCAGGUGCCACUUAAUGUAAACCGAUAAAAGGUCUAUUGAAUUCUUUCCCUCUUACCAGAUAUCUGUUGUUUUGGUGUUUGACCCUGUUGUAAGUAUAUGUGAGGAGCUUAACUUACUUAUCCUCUGGUCUUAAUGACAGCCCCCAUUAAGGGCUUGUGCUGUCUUCCAUGUUUAAAACAAGAAUUAAGUUGUUUUGUACUGUACACCUUUUAAACAAACGGUCAUGUCGCAGUCAAGUGUCUGUGGUUUGUGUGUUAAUUUAUUUUUUGAUGGCUGAAUGUAAUUUCAGUCAAAAUUGCAUUCUGAGCUUCUCAGGAAGAUAGACGUUCGACGACUAAUAAAAUGAAUACUUUGAA